ACGCCUCUAGCGGCUGUCAAUGAGACAGCCACUAGAGGCUUUACAGGCUGGAUUAACCUAUUUAUAAACAUAGCAGUUUCUCUGAAACUGUCUAUAAAAAAAUGGGUUAACCCUAGCUGGACCAAGCAUCCAGACCACUUCAUUUAAGCUGAAGUGGUCUGGGUGCCUAGAGUGAACCUGGUUUGUAAACUUUAACUAUGUUUCUCACCUGCUUCCCCAAAUACACUGAAUACAUCAUAGAUGAUGUAUUCAGUGAAAAAUAUUGUGAUUUACUCACUUUAACUCUUUACAGCGCCGCUGUCUUAGCCUGCAUUUGUGUUAAUAUUCAUCUAAUUUUGCUCAGUCUGCUGACUCCUAUUUGUAUUCUCAUCAAUAUCCGUAUCAGCCAAUAAAGAUACCGAUAUUGCAGAUAAUGCAGACCAGGGCCGCCAUCAGGGCGGCAAACAGUUCGCGAGAGUUAAACAAUCUGCGUUCACUACACACACUCUCUGGAUUCUGACUGGCAUGUAUAUUUUGGGCAUUUACCUUGUUCAGUUAACAGUAGAUUUGUGUAGAAAGGUUAUUUUAAAAAAAUGGUAACUUACCGAUACUCUGUACACUUAUCGGCUAUCUGCCUGAAAGUUCAGAUUAUCGGUAUCGGCUCUGAAAAAUCAAUAUCUGUCUAUCCCUACUUGAUGCCCACAAUAAUGAAAAUAAUUACUGAACAUCCUAUGAAAGCAGUGUCCCUUUGUUUGUCAAUAAAGUGAGCAAAGCAAUAUGUUAACUGCUGCAGUGGUCUUUGGCAAAGAACCGUUGCAAUGGUCGGCACAUUGCUUUGUUCACUUUUGGCAUUUAAAGGGACACCUCUUUAAUAUUAGCCAAAUUUUCUUUAUCCUGAAUAUACAUGCUGGUUUUGGAAAAGUCUGGUUCUUUGCACCCCAUCUGCUGGUAGGUUCUGUUCUCAAGAUUUUGUAUUUAGAUCCUCUGCUGACAUGCUGCCUUCAUUUGCUAGUAUUUUUCUGACACAUGGUGGCAGUACGUAUGGGUUGUGCUUCCUAAUUGGGACAAGCAUCUGCAAGAUAGGUGAUUAAGAAAAGUCCCUCCCCUUUACCCUAUAAAGGGCUUCCCCAGCAAACCCACCCCAGUUCUUCCUUGUCCCAGCACGGGAUGGAUCAAGCAUCUGUUGAAGGUGAGUCACACGGGUUGCUGUCUGGGGGAGGAAGCCUGAUAGCCGCCCGGAUGGUAGGUUGAGCGGCAUGGCUCUGUCCGUGGAGGAUCCGGAGGCCUUUCUAUUUAAUUUUGUGCCGAGUAUCUUCCGGCUUGUUGAGUAUGGGCUGGCCAAGGAACGCCUACAUUAUAUUGCAGGCCGUGCGUCUGUGCACAGCGGUGGAAAGCACGCCUGGGUGGUGUUGCGUUCCACUGAAAUUUCGGGUGUGUUAUUGCACAAACGCAAAUAAUUGAAAAAUUGUAUCUGUGCUACUCCCAUUAAUAUAGUUCUUGGGUUUAUAAAUAUGACCAAGGUGCUGCAAUUUCUUGGGUAAACUUGGGCAGAGACUAUACAAUCUUUGAAUUCUUAUAGAGAAUCAAAUAGUGUAUCAGCUGCUCUGCUUGAGAUGUUCUGUAGAGACCGAAGAGAAUCAUCCUUCGAUUACUUCUGUCUGGCGAAUGUUUAUCUAACUCUUAAGACAUGUCUGGUUCAUAAUCCUGUGUGUAGUUGGUUCCCACCUGAUGUACUGAGAAAGUUAAUUAGGAAUGAAUCGGUCAUGUGGCAGGAUAAAUCUGCUAAACUUUAAUGAGGGUUAUAUUUUCCUCAAACCCCAGCUCUGUCUUAUAUGCAGAAAUGGGAACACUCUGUGUGAUGAGCCUUUCUUGCCCGACGUUUAAUAUGUUUACCAUCAAAUGUGUAAAUGUGAAACCCCCAGGUACACUGGAAAUCCAUAAAAUUCUGUAGAAGUAGAUGCUUUUAAAAUUAAAACAGUCGUCGAGAAGACUUCUUGCAGACGAUCUUUCCAGACUGCUGGGUUUCGGUAUGGGUCUUUGCUGGCAGGUGCAGCGGUGUCCAAAACUAUAACUUUGUUUAUAAUCGUUAAUGGGGGUUAUUUGAGGCUCCUGAUGAGCAGCUAGUCAUUUUUCUGUUUUAUUUGUUAGUGUCAUAUACUUUAUAUGGAUUUGACUAAUUAAUAAAAUUUGACAGUGACGGCCAAGAUCAUGGGUUAUCUGCUGGUGGCUUAAGCUCGGACAGCAGAUAAGUGUCCUUUUCGGUCCCCUGUUUACUCCAGUUAGGAAAAGGGGCAUCUUUGAUAACCUUUUGUUGAAAAAGGAAAAAAGCUCUGCCUCAGGCAAGUAGAACUAGGUCCGAUAUUGGUAGGUGUUUUGGACGCCAAGAAGCUUGGCGGCGUAAUCCUGCAUUUCUAUACGAAGUGUGGAUAGCUCAGUGGGUUUAGACCUUGUUCAACUCUUGGUGUUCACAGGUUUAUUUACCCUGCAGGGUUGGCUCAGCCCUUUAUCCCGUUUGAGGUAGAUGACUGGAGUACCAUUCAAUGGAGUCACUUAACAUUCUCAGGAUGUAUUUGGGAACCAGCAUUUAUCUUAAUGUCUCUUGCCUGGCUUUUAAGUGGAACCUACUUGCAAUCACUGAUUGCUUGAUCUAGUUAAAGAGGGCACCGCUUGCUCUUUUCAAAUCUGCCCAAUCCAUAAUCUUCCAAACAUCUGAUACUCUAUUUACUGAAACAGUGUUCGUGUUGGAUUUGAGGAGUUUGAGAUAUGGCUCUGUGAACCAUGAAAUUGGUUGGGUUCCUCAGGAAUCUCCUGGUUAUCAAACUCUGAUCACUCCUUUAAACCGGUUAUAAAUUUAAAUUAAUUGGUUCCUCUCCUGAGCUUCAGAAUUGAAACUUCUGCUUUUGUAACUGAUUCUGCAGAAAGGAAUUUCAUGGUGUAUAUAGAUCAGAGCUAUAUUCCCACAUAUCCCUAUUUCGGCCCCUCAAGAAGUUUUCUGAAAACACGCCAUAAUACGUGGAUUGUAGAGAUUUCAUUGCUCUUCAAAACGCUCCCAUAACAGCAUAUUUUAGAGAAACAAGGCAUUCCCUACUUGGGAGUUUGGCUACUUAUUGCUAAUCGGGUUAGUGUUAACCGUAAAACGUUUCCUCUGCAUCUGCUUUCAUAAAGGAAAGGUCCAAUUACCAAUUAAGCGAAAAUUCCUCCAUAAGGACAGAAAAUUAGAUUGCUGGGAUGUAAGUCAAGUCCUGCGGUCAACUGGGCAAAAUCUAGAUUUGUCCGCUACAGUGGAAAAUUCUCCCCUCUGGUUCAAAGUGUGGAAAUCUUGUAUUUCUGUCUCCUAGACUCUUUGAAAAAAGCGGAAGCGGUCCUUUUUGUCUAUAGAAGGAGUAAUUUUCAUCACAGGCUGAGUCGCUCGUCUAAAUUCUCUAAUGUGCCAGCGUUCUUGGUGGAAGAAGAGGUGGUAUGGGUAUUUUCAAUAACAAAACAAACCAAAAAAUAGAACUAAUUCGAGUUAUGGAGAGGAGAAGAUUAAAUCUGUUGCCAGCUUGCAAGCUCACCAUACUUUAAAAUAUGCACAGAAUUGACCUUAGGCAGCCUACAGAGUUGUGAGCUUCCUUGGUCACGUGUGGAGUUGCCAUUAGCCCUGUGUCACACAAUAAAAUAUAAUACUCAAUGUACAUGGUUUCAGUCUAAAACACUGCACAUCCCAACUUAUACCACUAUGACCACUUCAAAAAGAAUAAGUGGUCAUAGGCAUUGGAGUAAACUAAAGAUCUCAUUGUUCAAUGAAAUGUUACAAAUUUACAAAAAGUAGUUAAAGGGACUCUGGACGCAUAAAUACUUUAGCUUGCGGAAAGGCUUUCUGUGAAUUGUUUCAGAGGAACUAAAAUAGAGGCAGGCAGUUGCUAUAGGCACCUGCAAAAACUUCCCAUUUUACUGUAUUAGGAAGUCUGGGACUCGACAGCCACUGAACACCUUGGCUGGGUUAGAAGAGGUCGUCCAAAGGCAGCAAACAAGGGAACUGCACUUUCUGCAAGUAUUUUUUUUUAGAUACCACAAUAAAAAAAUGCAUAAUUUUAUAAUUUCAGUGGAGUGUCUCUUUAAAGGAACACUGGUGCAUCAGGAACAUUUGCAUUAAUGCAUAUAUGGAUUUAUAAAUCUUAAAUUAGUGGGGGGCCACUUUAAAAGGUUUAGUAAGUCACAUCUUAUCCAGCAGUUUCCCAGUCUUUCUAUGGUUGCUGCUCUGCUUUCUUCUAGAUAGAUGAUCCUGGGCCAGUCAAGGCAUUGAAGGCUCUGUGCUCCAAUUGGGUUCUUAUAGGAGCAUUAUAAUAUAUUUCCAUGGCUGGAUUGUCAUGCUAAACCUUUACUCAUGACCAACAGCCACUAGAGGCUUAAAUUGGUCAGAGUGCAGGGAGAGCAUCUAGUUGGCAAGACAACCACAUUAUACUGUACUGGUUUUGGCGCCUAGUGUCCUUUUUUUUUAAUUUUUUUUAUUUUUUAUUUUCUUAAAUAGAAAUAAGACUUGUUUUGGUGAUAGGCUAUCCGGAAUGGCCCAUAAUUUGCUUUGUUAAAAAUGUCUAUGCAUUUUUUACAUGACUUGAUGUUGCCGGGCAUCUUCUGCUUGUCCAGUGGAAAAAAGCUUUAAUAUCCAACCUAGAUGGGCAUACUGGCUCCCUGUUCUCUUAGCUCACCACUGCCAUCCAGGUUAGACACGCUUUAUAAUGUACACAUGUAAUAACUGCAGUAUUAGUGAGGUUGAAAAGAAUGGUGGGCUGCAGAUUUGUGACCGCUGGGUUUUAUCAAACCGCCUAGACUAUUUAACCAGAGGCCCAUAAGCUUAGAGGACCUCUUUAAGAAAGAAUGUUCUUAAAGGCACACAGCCCUGUACCAUAUCCACUCCAGCCAACUGUAGUGGUUAUGGUUUGAGGAGUACCCUGGCAUUGCCCUAGUGUAACUUCUUAACAUUUUUUGACAACUUACCUGGGUCCCCUGGGAGUCUGUGCUGCAUAUGGUCUACCCCUGAAAGAGAAGCUAGGUGGAUCCAGUCAUCUAAGCAUAGCAAAUAAGUAGGUUAAUAAUGUCCACUACUAUGUAGUAAGUGUAAGCUGAUAGAUGCACCAAAGAGUUUUUGUAUUAUACACUGCACAGUGAGGCUAAUGUAUAACAACUUAUAUGAACUGACCGUUUUGUGCAUUUGUGUGUGUUCAAGUGAACAGUUCUAUAUUUCACUUGAAGUGCAUUCAUUUAAAUAUUUUGAUAUUAAGCAUUAUGUAUCUAUGUGUAUUUUAGAAUCAUGAAAAUAUUUUUCUUGUUCCACAGGUAACUGAAUUGAAUGAGCCACUUUCGAAUGAAGAGAGGAAUUUAUUGUCUGUUGCCUAUAAGAAUGUUGUUGGUGCACGUCGUUCUUCUUGGAGGGUGAUUAGCAGCAUUGAGCAGAAGACCUCUGCUGAUGGCAAUGAAAAAAAGAUAGAAAUGGUAAGGGCUUACCGUGAAAAAAUUGAAAAAGAGCUGGAAGCUGUUUGUCAAGAUGUUCUAAGCCUUUUAGAUAACUUCCUUAUCAAGAAUUGCAGUGAAACACAGUAUGAAAGCAAAGUUUUCUACUUGAAGAUGAAAGGAGACUAUUACAGAUACCUAGCAGAGGUAGCCACUGGUGAGAAGAGAGCAACAGUUGUUGAAUCUUCAGAGAAAGCUUAUAGUGAAGCUCAUGAGAUAAGCAAAGAGCAUAUGCAGCCAACUCAUCCCAUCAGGCUGGGUCUGGCUCUUAACUAUUCUGUGUUCUACUAUGAGAUCCAAAAUGCUCCUGAGCAGGCUUGCCACCUGGCCAAAACUGCUUUUGAUGAUGCCAUUGCAGAGCUGGAUACCCUGAAUGAGGACUCCUACAAAGACUCAACCCUCAUCAUGCAACUUCUGCGUGACAACCUAACGCUGUGGACAAGUGAUCAACAGGAUGAUGAUGGUGGAGAAGGCAACAAUUAAGACUUUAGUGGACUGGCAGCCGCACGCUGAUGCUACUACCGCAGUCUUUAUUUUUUUUUCCCACAAGUGGGGGGUUGAGGGUGGGGGAGGGUAAGGAAGGGACAACCUCCCCAGGGAAGACCCUACCACCUGUCUUUGAUUGCCUCUUAGACAUUUUGCCAAAACACCACGAGUGGAAGUUAGACUGGCUGUGCUGGUAUUGGAAUGGCAGCCUCACACUGGCACAUGGACUGUUCUGUAGUUAAUACAAGUGGAGCUGUUUAAAUUUUUAAGUUAUCGCUAGAAUAUUUAGAAAGAAUUUUAUGAGUAGGAAUAACUUGAACGGAAUGGCUUUUUGUUUAAUAGUUUUGUGGUUCCAGUAAUUUAUUUUAUAUUUAUUUGUUGGCUAUAUGCACGUCUUGCCCUACAUGCCAUCAUGCUAUCAUAUUUAUAUAAUAUGUUGCUGUUGUGGGCUUUCUGCACUCUGCCUUUUUUGCAUCCGUUUCUUCAUUGAAAGAAAAGUAUUAAGGUUAGGUAUUUUACUAUUUAAAUGGUACAGUUUUUCUCACUAAUAUUCACAUUCUAUACAGCUUUCUCUAACCCUUGUUUAAAGUGUUUGUGUAUGCGUGGAUACAUAUAUUAAUGUGCAUACACCAGAAAAGGGUAAAACUUGAAUUUAGAGUGUAAUGUUGGAAUAUUUUUCCAUUACAUUUUAUGGCUGUUCUUCGAAUUCUCAAGUCUUGUUGCAAUCUAAUAUGAUUAACUGCCAGAUGAGUACAAAACACACAUUAAUGCUGUUAAUUUUAUGACUUCUUACUACUUUACACAGAGCUUGUCAAGGUUAUUUGGGUUUAAAUAUGUAUAUUUUUUUUUUUUAAACAAAGAUUACCUUUUGGGUUAUUAUAAUAACUUGCCCAAAUAUUUAUCAUAAGAUUUGUACGAUUGUGCUCAGUGUAAUUUUAAUAAUGCUCCCAUGAAUUCAUUGACAUUAGUGAGACAGUGUCACCUAGUAACAGAAUCUGUAGAUAUGAAAACUAAUUAAAUCAUAUCUACAUCCCAAAAGAAAGGAUUGCUAUAUCAUUGCUUAAAAAUAUAUUUUCACAUUUGUGUGCAGCUGUGAAAUUAAUUUAAAUUGCUAUCUCCAUUCAAAAAAGAAAAAUCCUGCUUUACACAUUAUCCUGAUACUUAUUUACAACCCAGUUUUCUAAACGUUCUAGUUUAGAAAUUCUUUAACAAAUAGGUGUUUUUGUUUUUUUUGGUUUUGUUUGUUUUUUCUCCCCCCCCCUCCUGAGCCAUAGGUGACUACAGGCCAUUUUAAGGAAGACUUCUGCUAAUUAAAUUUGAGUUCGUUUUUAAAUGUAUUUCUAGUUUAUUGUAACAAUUAUGCAGACUCAUCCAUAUAUUUUAAUUUUGAAUAUAAUUGUUAACAUAUAAUGGCAGUUUCUGCAAAACUAAAUUCAUCAUUCUAGAAGUUAUGUUCCGCUUUCCUUAUCCAAUAAUCACUGUUGUAUUCACGUGUCCAGUUUAGAAGUAAUUUACUGGAAUUACAUGAGCUAUUUUAUUGGCUGCUGGAAACCUUUAAGAUAUUUUAAGAGGACUCCAAAUGCUAGGAUUGAGAAAUGGGUUCUAAGCAGCUUUUUUUUUUUUUUUUUUUUUUCUCUCAAUAUAAAUAUUGUUUUUAAUUGCACUUGCAUAUAUAACAGUUUUUUUCAAUGAAAUGACUACCGCUGCUUUAAUCAAUACAAUAUUGUGCAUGCUAGUGUUGUAUUUCUAUAAUGUAGCUUGAAAUUAAAUUAUACAGUAGAUGUUAUGUAUGCCUAUGGCAAGCCAAUUAGUCUUCAAUUAUAUUGCCUUUAUUUUAAAAAAAGCAAAAACAGAUUUCUCCAUUGGAAAGAGAAGAAUGGGGUUGACCUUGUUUCUACCAGGUUGUAAUAGUUGAUUGGUAUGCUAUGGAUGUUGCUGUUGUGACAUGCAAAUAUAUCAUUUUGCUCUUCAAACAAAAAAUAAAAAUAAAAAAAAUGGGGGGAAAACUGAUUUUUUUUUUUUUAAAUGGGAGGUGGGGGGGAGUUAGGCAGGUUAAAGUUGGGAGGGGAAGUAAACACCAGUUUUAGCCUAACCUCAAUGUCUGGUGUUAGUCAUGGUGAAAUUCUAAUUAAUGUUUAGGAAAAGUACUGUUUUGAAUAAGCCUAUGUUUGUGCUUCUUUGUCAUAGUAAUGCAGUGAAUUAUUUAAGGUCUGAUCAGUGGAUUUAUUUUAUUCUGUUAAUUUAAAAAAAAUCAAAAAAAAAUCAGGGUUUUAUUGUUUUUUUUUGUUUGUUUUUUUUUUUCUCCGUGUUUCAGUACACAUUUAUUUAGUACACGGACAAUUUUUAGCAGUUUUUCCUCAGUGAUGGAAUAUCAUGAAUGUGAUUCAUUAUGUAACUGUCGCACAUUGAGCAAAUAAACUUACAGAUCUGAUGUGGGUGCUGCUUAUGAGCGUUUGUCUGGUCUUUAAACAUUAGGUCAGUUCACAAAUUCUAUUAAAUUGAACCAAGGUUGUAGUGCAAACAAGUGUCUAUCACAACAUUUUCUGUCACUUCAGUCCUAUGGCUGUGCAUUUGUUUCAUUUUAUUAGUCAAGUUCAGUCAUCUGUAAACACGGUUCAUGACAUUUUCAGGUUAUGUUAGAGGCUCUUUGAAAAACAAGGAUCUUGGCAAAACUGCGUGUUUAAACUUCAAGAAUGAAAGGUUUCAACCCCUCAAUCUAAAACUGAUUUUUAUGUAGAUAAUUAUUUUAUUGGCAUUCAUUUAGUACCAACAAAUUAUAUAUUGUGCAUGUUAUCUUUGCCGGCAUAGUUCAAUUAAUUUGUGUUAAUGGAAUUAAUUUACCAAAAGUGUAUCUAUUGCACGAAUAUAAAGCCUUACGCUACUUAACUAAUCCAUAUUUCUGAAUAACCUUUUGGACUAAAAGGUAUCUUGGCUAUUCCUCAAAAAAAUUGUAUUAAAUGAAAUCAGAAUUAUCCAUCCUGUAGCUAGUUUAGCUCUGCACAUGCCAUACUAUUGUUAACACGAGUUUGGGAAGUGACACUUGUAUGCCAGGUUUCUAAAUGUGUAAGGUUUUUUUUUUUGUUUUUUUUUAUAAUAUAUAAUUAACACUUUGGGACAGAAUUUGCCAUCUCCUAGGUGGUUGAGCUAGUUUUCAGUUCAAGUUGUGUGUGGUGUUCAUGCAGCAUAUGCAUAAGCUGGACAACCUUGAUAUGAAGCAGCCAGCACUGAACAUUCUGACGACUUUUUUGAGGAGCUAAAAAAAUAAAUAAAAGUCGCUGGUUUCUUAAUCUGUCCAGUAUUGCCAUUUAUAUAGCGUCAACCUAUUCCACAGAUGGGUUUUUGAAGUAGGCAGAUCUAUAUCUUAAGUUGUCAUGCCUAGGAUCUCUUACUGGUGAGCUGGUCUGACUGGAAUUUGAACCUGGGUUUCCCAGUUCUAAAUUAGUGGCCUUAUGACUGCUAUAAAAAGCAAAUUAUCUAAACAAAAACAAAGGGCAUUGAAAAGGGUUUGCUUUAUUGUGUGCUUCUCAUUUAAAACAGUUGUACACCUUUUGAUCACAGAACAACCUUUAAUUUUUUUAAAAUUUUUUUUAAAGAUUUAAAAAAAAAAAAAAACUGGAAUUUGACAUAUUUGGUUCAUGUAGAUUUAAUAGAAUUCCUAUUACUAUGAAUGGAUGCCCAGUGUCGUGUAUGUGUGUAUAUGUGUUCGUUGGUAUUCAGCUUAUGGUCUGCUGGUUUUAAAGUGACUAGAAGUGAUUCAAGAAAAACUUUACUUACAUCAUUAGAUCACCUUCUGGCUAUGUCUCCUGCAUACUAUUAUGAUAAUUGCAAUGUCUGACCAAAAUUAUUUUUAAUUUGUCCAGUUUUAAAUGAGGUGCCUAUUGUGUCCUUAUCUUGUGCUUUGUUGACAGAUGUCAGUUCUUUGUUUUAAAGAAUACCCUUCUGCCCACAUGUUGCAAAUGUCAAUUUUUCACAUAUAUAUAUUUCAAGUAGAGAUUGUAGCUGUAUUAGUCCAGUGAUGUAGAGGUGAAAAACGGAUUAAACUCGUAUUUUUAUUUUUUAUUUUUACAAGCUUUUGGGAGAACCUCUCUCAUGUCUGAAGCAUUUCUGAGCAAGACACAGAAUUCCAAGUUCAGUUGAGAUAAAGGGGUUAAAGCGACAUGAGUGCAGAUAAGACACAGGUUUGAUGGAAAAUAGACCACAUUCUUACAGAGGGUCGUAAAUAUCUUUCUAAAGAUCUGAAAGAUGAAGAUGACUGUGCAUUUGUUUGUAUAUGAGUUCAUGUGUGUAUGUGUUUGCGUAUAUAGAUUUAUAUUUGUGUGUGUGUGUAUAUGUAUACAUAAGAUCUCGAAAAAGGCCCUAUUGGGGUUGAAAUGUCGAUCGGAUUUUUUUUCUGCACAUGUAAUUUGCACCAGUGAAUAAACAAAAC